CUGCGCUCCCCGGGGCUGACCCCGCCAUGUCCCCGGGCGAGUGACACGAGUGACAGCGGGGACUCGCUGCCGUGCCCAGAUGCCCCAGAGCUGCGCCAAGCCCUCGGACAUGGCCGAGCUCGUCAGCAGCCAGGCCUGGAUGGGCGACGCGCCCGCAGCCGGGGCCGAGCUGGGCGAGGGGGACACCGGGAGCGCUCCCUUCGCGCUGGUGCCGGCCCUGGCCGAGCAGCACGACAGCGCCGAGGAGGAGGAGGAGGAGGAAGAGGACGGCGAGAAGCCCAAGAGGAGAGGCCCGAAGAAGAAGAAGAUGACCAAGGCCAGGCUGGAGCGGUUCCGGGCGCGGCGCGUCAAGGCCAACGCCCGCGAGCGCACGCGGAUGCACGGCCUGAACGACGCCCUGGACAACCUGCGCCGCGUCAUGCCCUGCUACUCCAAAACCCAGAAGCUCUCCAAGAUCGAGACGCUGCGGCUGGCCAGGAACUACAUCUGGGCCCUGUCCGAGGUGCUGGAGACGGGGCAGACGCCCGAGGGGAAGAGCUUCGUGGAGAUGCUGUGCAAGGGGCUCUCGCAGCCCACCAGCAACCUGGUGGCCGGCUGCCUGCAGCUGGGGGCGCAGCCGCUCUUCCUGGAGAAGCACGAGGAGAAGCCCUGCGAGCCAGCCCUGCCCGGCCACUCCUUCGGCUACCAGGGGCUGCCCAGCCCCCCCUACGGCUCCAUGGAGUCCCACCUGCUGCACCUGAAGCCGCCGGCCUUCAAGAGCCUGGUGGAGGCUUCCUUCGGGAGCCACCCCUCGGACUGCUCCACGCCGCCCUACGAGGGGCCCCUGACGCCGCCGCUGAGCAUCAGCGGGAACUUCUCCCUGAAGCAGGACGGGUCCCCCGAGCUGGAGAAGCCCUACCCGCCCUUCAUGGCGCACUACCCCUCGGUGGGCCUGGCCGGGGCCCACGGGCACGGCUCGCACUUCCAGGGCUCCGUGCCCCGCUACGAGAUCCCACUGGACGUCGCCUUCGAGCCCUUCCCGCCCCACGUGGCCGGGCCCCAGCUCGGCGCCAUCUUCAACGAGUAG